AUGGCAGAACAACGGGUUGUCAUCAUAGUAGAUGACGACAUAGACGACGAGGUACAUGGCCAAGAUAUGCUGCAAGACGUGGUGGAGAUCGAUGAUGACGAUUCCCUUGGGUCUAUCGAAGAUUUCGAAGAUGACCAAGAUAUUGAAGACCUCGAAAAUCUCAUAGAUCCUCGUCCUAACCUUGAAGCAUCGUUAGCAGAGCAGAACACCUGCAAAGACCGUGUCAAAUCUGUGUUCCCUGAUAUUUGCCUCACAUAUCUGGAUCAAAUUGUCGCUGAAAAUAAGUACAAUUCGGAUUUUACCAUUAGCGCUAUUCUUGAUCGACAGGAGAAAGGCGAAAAAUAUCCGGUUCAGUCCCGUGAUCUGAAGCGCAAGCGAGCGGAGGACGACAAUAGAGAUGUUGAGGACGAGGCUAACGAUGAGGAGGAAAAUGCUAUAAAGGCUGAAAAUGCUGUCAUAGAAGCGACCAGAAAGAAGCUGGAGCAGGUUGACUACCGUGGAAUUACUGUUAAGGAAUCAUGCUAUGCAAAUAUGGCAAAGGAUUUUUUAGCUUCUGAGUAUGUCGAAAUUUUCUACCAAUAUGCUCUUAUCACGGUCCCGAUGCCAAUGAUCAAGAACCUAUUACGCGCCAAUGGGGGAUCUAUCUUUGAGACAUAUACAAAGAUUGAUGAGGCCAUCCGCAACUGGGAUAACGCAAAACCUCCUUGGACGGAAAAACGACGGGCAUCAAGAAAAAUAGUACCGUUCUUACCAGUUCGUAUCGAGAAUCUUGACAUGAGCAACUAUAACGAAGCGCAGAAAGCAGCAAUCGACGAACUACGUGCCGCCAGGGAUUUGAAAGCCAUUAAGGACGCAGAAGUUGUUCGCAAAGCGGAAGAAGAGAAGAAUUUUGCCCAUGCAAAGUCGAUCGGCGAGGUAGUUGAGUGCGGUUGUUGUUUUGACGAAUUCCCUCUCAACCGAAUGAUCCAUUGCGAUAGCGAAGACGUUCAUUGGUUUUGUCGGAAUUGCAUGAGAUCGCAGGUGGAGACAAACAUUGGCCUGUCUAAAUAUGAAAUAUCGUGUAUGUCCAUGGACGGAUGCGAGGCAGGUUUCUCCGUAGACCAGAAAAGGCAAUUUCUCAACAAGAAGCUCCGUGUCGCUUUGGAGCGGCUUGAGCAGGAAGCUGUGUUGCGUAUGGCUGGCAUCGAGAAUCUCGAGACUUGCCCAUUCUGUCCAUAUGCAGCAGAAUACCCCCCUGUUGAGGUCGACAAGGAGUUUACCUGCGUCAAUCCGGGUUGCGAAAAGGUCAGCUGUCGCCUAUGCCGUAAAGAAACACAUAUCCCAAAGACAUGCGCUGAAGCCGCCAAUGACCAUGGUAUCGACGCUCGACACGUCCUUGAGGAGGCGAUGAGCGCAGCAUUAAUCCGGAAUUGCAAUAACUGCAAAAAUCCUUAUUUGAAGAUAAACGGCUGCAACAAGAUUUGUUGUACCAAAUGCCGUACAAUGCAGUGUUAUGUUUGUCGUCAGACUAUUAAAGACUAUCGACAUUUCGAUGAUUCUUCAAGAGGCGGAAAAAAUGGACAGUGCCCGCUAUUCGAUAAGACCGAGGAGCGUCACCAACAAGAGGUGCAGCAAGCGGAAGAGAAAGCUCGCCAGAGAAUGUUGGAGGAUAAUACUAAUAUCACCGAGGACGCGUUAAAGAUCAAUAUCUCAGAAGAAGUUCUUCGAGAUGAUCAAAAGCGUAGAAAGGGUAAUUUGGGACAAGGCGCUCCAGGUAUCCCUGCGGCGGAGUUUCUUAAUAAUAUGAACAAUCGCAUCGACCAACUCCAGCGUCUUGCGCGUGAGCGUCAAGCGGCCCAUCCCCUCAUCCAACCUCCCGCUCAACCCGUAGCCGUGGCUGGCGGUCCCCAAGCUGUUGGUCCCCAGGCUGUUGGUCAAGAUGCGGUUGGUAGGGGUCCACCCUUGUUACCCCCGAUGCAAUUACCAGCGCAGUUUCGAGUACUGUAUCAGGAAGAGUUUAACCGGCAGUUAGCAGUGCUUAGAGGUAGAGUGCCACCUGUGCCACCUGCACCUGGUGCCGUAUUGCCACCUCUAAUGCAGCCUCCUCAAAUCGGCAGACCCGUCCCUCGAGGCGCUCCUCCGGUUCUCAACCGAGGCGUACCCCAAUAUCAACCUAUGUACCAACCGGCAUAUCAGCCACCAUAUCAACCAAUACCUCAAGCAUUGCAGCAACGCGCGCUCGACAUGCUACCCCAAGAGCCUCCUGCAGAGCCUCCUGCUCGAAUCUACGGACCACCGGGUCCGUUUCACGUUAGGCAGAAUCAAAAUCACCUCCAUCGUCGCGGAUAG